AUUUCAAUGUAACUAAACAAUAUUUAAUUUUGUGGAUGGUUUGCAUAUUUAUUAACAAACCAGAAGGAUAUUGCUGGACAAGAACCGGGGAGAGACAAGCGGCAAAAAUGAGAGAGAAGUACUUAAGAGCAGUGUUAAGACAAGAUGUGGGUUACUUUGAUCUUCAUGUUACAAGCACUUCUGAUGUUAUCACCAGUGUCUCUAGUGACAUCCUAGUUAUUCAAGACUUCCUCAGUGAAAAGUUACCAAACUUUUUGAUGAAUACAUCUGCAUUUGUCGCAAGUUACAUAGUGGGUUUCAUAUUGUUGUGGAGACUCAUAAUCGUAGGCUUCCCGUUCAUCAUCCUCCUCUUGAUCCCUGGACUAAUGUACGGACGUGCCCUCAUCGGCAUCUCGAUGAAGAUACGCGAGGAGUACAAUGAGGCUGGCUCUAUAGCUGAACAGGUCAUCUCGUCAGUUCGAACCGUCUACGCAUUUGGUAGUGAGAAAAAGAUGAUCGAGAAGUUCUCAACUGCGCUUCAGGGGUCGGUGAAGCUUGGGUUAAGACAAGGGCUAGCUAAGGGAAUCGCCGUUGGGAGCAAUGGUAUCACUUAUGCUAUUUGGGCGUUCCUGACUUGGUAUGGAAGUUGGAUGGUUAUGAACUAUGGCUCCAAAGGUGGUACCGUCUCCACAGUCAUUGUUUGCGUCACCUUCGGCGGCAUAUCACUUGGUCAAAGUUUGUCGAAUAUCAAAUAUUUCUCAGAGGCAUUUGUAGUAGGGGAACGAAUUAUCAAAGUGAUAAAUAGAGUCCCUGAUAUAGACUCAGACAACUUGGAAGGUCAGAUUCUGGAGACAACUAGAGGAGAAGUAGAAUUCAACCACGUGAAGUUCGCCUACCCGUCUAGACCUGAAACCCCAAUCUUUGAUGACUUAUGUCUCAGAAUUCCAUCUGGGAAAACUGUCGCUCUGGUAGGCGGAAGCGGAUCAGGAAAAUCAACCGUCAUAUCACUUUUACUAAGGUUCUAUGACCCAAUCGCUGGAGAGAUUCUCAUUGAUGGUUUGCCUAUUAAUAAGUUGCAAGUGAAUUGGUUGAGAUCGCAAAUGGGUCUAGUUAACCAAGAGCCAGUGCUUUUCGCCACAUCGAUAAAGGAGAACAUAUUAUUUGGUAAAGAGGACGCAUCCAUGGAUGAGGUAGUGGAAGCUGCCAAGGCUUCAAAUGCACAUAAUUUCAUAUCUCAAUUCCCCAAUAGUUACCAAACUCAGGUUGGAGAAAGAGGAGUACAACUAUCAGGAGGCCAAAAGCAGAGGAUUGCAAUUGCACGAGCAAUAAUUAAAUCACCAAUAAUUCUCCUUCUAGAUGAGGCAACAAGCGCAUUGGACUCAGAAUCCGAAAGGGUGGUCCAAGAAGCCUUAGACAAUGCCUCUGUUGGCCGUACAACUAUUGUGAUUGCCCACCGCCUCUCUACUAUUCGUAAUGCGGAUGUUAUUUGUGUAGUCCAUAAUGGUCGCAUUAUAGAAACUGGAUCACACGAAGAACUCUUGGAGAAGUUAGAUGGUCAAUACACCUCUCUAGUCCGUUUACAACAAAUGGAGAAUGAAGAAUCAGAUCGUAACAUCAAUGUAAGUGUGGAAGAGGGCCGAGUAUCGAGUUUGAGCAAUGAUUUGAAGCAUGGUCCAAAAGAAUUUAUUCAUAGCACGAGCUCAAGAAAUGUUAGAGAAUUUUCUGAAUUGAUUCUUAAGGAUAGGAAGUCACUGGUGCCAUCUUUUAAAAGAUUGAUGGCAAUGAAUAGACCAGAAUGGAAACAUGCAUUAUAUGGUUGCUUAGGUGCAGCUCUAUUUGGGGCCGUACAACCAAUUUACGCGUAUUCUACAGGGUCAAUGAUAUCAGUGUAUUUCCUAACUAACCAUGAUCAGAUCAAGGAGAAAACCAGGAUCUACGUGUUGUUAUUUGUCGGUCUAGCUUUGUUCACUUUCUUCUCCAACAUCAGUCAACAUUAUAGUUUUGCGUACAUGGGCGAAUACCUAACAAAACGUAUCCGAGAACACAUGCUUGGGAAGAUACUAACGUUUGAAGUCGAUUGGUUUGACAAAGAUGAGAAUUCGAGUGGUGAAAUUUGCUCGAGACUAGCAAAAGAUGCUAAUGUGGUGAGAUCGUUGGUUGGUGAUCGGAUGUCAUUGCUGGUACAGUCUAUAUCGGCAGUGAGCAUCACUUGUGCAAUUGGUUUGGUCAUCUCUUGGCGAUUCUCCAUCGUGAUGAUUUCGGUGCAGCCAGUGAUUGUCGUGUGCUUCUACACUCAACGCGUUCUGCUCAAGAGAAUGUCGAGAAAUGCCAACAACGCCCAAGAUGAAAGCAGUAAACUAUCUGCAGAAGCUAUCUCAAAUAUUCGAACCAUCACAGCUUUCUCGUCACAAGAACGGAUCAUUAACUUACUUAAAAUGGUUCAAGAAGGUCCACGGAAAGAUAGCGCCCGCCAAUCGUGGUUAGCAGGAAUUAUGUUGGGGACUUCACAAAGUCUUAUAACGUGCGUUUCGGCUUUGAAUUUCUGGUAUGGCGGUAGACUAAUUGCUGAUGGGAAGAUGAAGUCAAAAGCAUUCUUAGAGAUAUUUUUGAUAUUUGCGAGUACGGGUCGGGUUAUUGCCGAAGCUGGGACCAUGACGAAAGAUCUAGUCAAGGGAUCAGAUACGGUUGCGUCAGUGUUUGCAGUAUUAGAUCGCAACACAACCAUUGAGCCGGAGAACCCAGACGGAUACGUCCCAAAAAAAGUAAAGGGACAAAUAAGAUUUCUCAAUGUGGACUUUGCUUACCCAACACGGCCUGAUGUGAUUAUAUUUCGGAACUUCUCCAUUGAAAUCGAAGAUGGUAAGUCGACAGCGAUCGUCGGUCCAAGCGGGUCAGGAAAAUCCACAAUAGUUAGCUUGAUCGAGCGGUUCUACGACCCGUUAAAAGGUAUUGUUAAAAUCGAUGGUCGUGAUAUAAGGUCGUAUCAUUUGAGGUCACUUCGUAAACACAUAGCUUUGGUUAGCCAAGAGCCAACAUUAUUUGCUGGGACAAUACGAGAGAACAUCAUGUACGGAGGAGGAUCUAACAAGAUCGAUGAGUCGGAGGUUAUCGAGGCAGCAAAGGCAGCCAACGCUCAUGAUUUUAUCACAUCCCUAUCUGACGGCUAUGACACGUAUUGCGGGGACAGGGGAGUGCAAUUGUCUGGUGGUCAAAAACAGAGAAUAGCGAUCGCUCGAGCGGUUCUAAAAAAUACAUCAGUAUUGCUCCUUGAUGAAGCUACAAGUGCUCUUGAUAGCCAAUCGGAACGCGUGGUGCAAGACGCGCUUGAACGUUUGAUGGUUGGGAGGACAAGCGUUGUGAUCGCUCAUAGGCUUAGUACGAUCCAGAACUGUGACACAAUCGCUGUUUUAGAUAAAGGAGAAGUUGUGGAAUGUGGGAGCCACUCGUCUUUAUUGGCAAAGGGUCCAACGGGAGUUUAUUUCUCACUGGUCAGUCUUCAGAGAACUCUCUGUUGAACUUGAAGGUUAGAUGUGUAUCAAUACGUCUCUUUGCCUAAAACAUGAAGCACGUUUCCAUAUAGUUGUAUUCUUUCAAAUCCUGAUAUAUUUGAUGAAAACAAGUGACGUAAAGAAAUAGGAAAGUUAUUG